CCUUCAGGCUCCGGGAGCAGCCUCCGUGCUAACAGGUUGUUAGCUGUUAGCCCAGCGAGCUAACGCGAUGUCGGUGCAGGUAAACGCGGUACCGUCUCUUCUGGGAGUUUGACAACACGCGGAAGAUCCAGAGAACAUGUGGAAACGUGACCGCGCUUAGGAAGGAAUCUGACAAAAAAAUGGAGAAGCCUUUUGACCCUGAACCCCAGAGGAGACCGAUGAAGGAGCCUGCUGAGUCUCACACAGCUUCAUCGCCCCGUCUGAUUUUACCAAAUCCUUAUGUGUCUGGCCAUAUUUCAAAGGGGAACCAGUCAGGUCUGAGCCCAAAGGCAGACAGAAGAGGAGACGUCCCAAGGAAUCAUGGCUACAACAACAGUCGGCGUGUUGGAGAAACCAGUGAUGAUUUGCUGUGGAGAGACAGGUCUACACGGGAUCCACAAGCAAAGGCAUCAAGAAGCAACAAUGGCUCCUCAGCUCAAAGCAGAGUCAUGGACAAGAGCACAACGGAUGCACAGAGAAGAGGUUUUAGAGGAACCAGAUCUGCCACAAACUCUGCAGGGACGUCAAAACCAGCACAGACCCACCUGGUCCCAUUUGAAGUGAAGAUGGCGGAUUUCCCGGAGCUGGCUGGUUUUCCACCAAGCAGAGCAGCCCCCUCUCUUCUUCAGAAAGAGAGCUGGGGUCCAAUUCCUCCGCCCAUGAGCCCUCAAACGCAACCGCCUGCAUCUACCUGGAAGUCUGGCAGGAGACGAUCCCCAACACGGCCUGAUCGCCAACAAAAAGACAUCAAUGUAAAACCAGAUCCCCCUGCCAUCCCAGCAGAUCAGGCAGGUGUGGCAUCCUGGGCUAAUGUCGCCUCUCAGCCUCCGAAGAAAAUCGUCCUCAUAGAAGAAAGUUCAAUCACCGGCAGCCGCAAGCAGUCGGAGGAAAACGCGACAGCGCAGGAGGAGGGCACCGCUGGGAAGAAGAGGCGCAAGAAAAAGAAGAAGAGAGCUAAAGGUGCUGAUGAAGAGGAAGAAGUGGAGUUUGAAGAGCUUGCAAUUCAUCAGGAGCCUCCAAAGUUUGAGGAUGAAGAGGAGUUUCCAGGUUUGACUCCUGCUCGGACUCGGACAGACAGAUUCUUAAGCAGCAGCAAUGCAGCUAAGCUAUGCAACGAGGAAAACCAAAGAAUUGGAGGUCAGCACCUGGCUGCUGACCAGAACAAGGAAAAGUCUAAUACAGCAAAGACUCAGUCCACAGAGCCCACUAAGAAAGGACAGGUGUCUGGGAAGAAAAGCAAAGUUCCUGUUCAGCUAGACAUCGGGAACAUGUUGGCCGCCCUGGAAAAGAAGCAGCAAUCUCAAAAAGCCAAGCAAGAUGCCAAACCUGUCAUUCUCUCAGUUGGCGGGGGACUACCUGUUGUCCAGAAGCAGGGGUCCGUCCAGAAGAAGCCGCCCUGGCAGCAGGGUCAAGUCGCACACAAUCCUCUGGACUCCACCUGCCCAUUGGUGAAGAAAGGAAAGCAGAGAGAGGUGCCCAAAGCCAAGAAACCCACUCCUCUCAAAAAGGUCAUUUUGAAGGAAAGGGAGGAGAGGAAGCACAAGCGUCUGCUGGAGGAGAGAGGUCUGGUUUCUGAGGAUGAGCUCAAACCUGUGAAUGAUGCAGAUGAAGAGCAGUGCGACAUAAACAUCACAGAUGAGGUCGGGAGUCCUACAGAGGAUCUAGACGAUCAGUCUGAAUUGAGUGGCACAAACCUGGUGGUGAGCGAAUGUGAAGAGGAGAAUGAAAAGGAGGAAGCAGCAGAGCAGCAGACCACCUCACCUGUGCCCUGCGCAGUCAGUCGACCCAAAAUCCACAGCAGGAAGUUCAGAGACUACUGCAGCCAGAUGCUGAGCAAAGAUGUGGAUGAGUGUGUGACGACGCUGCUGAAGGAGCUGGUGCGGUUCCAGGACCGCCUGUACCAGAAGGACCCCAUGAAGGCCCGCAUGAAGAGACGCAUCGUGAUGGGGCUCCGAGAGGUCCUGAAGCACCUCAAGCUCAGGAAGGUCAAAUGCGUCGUCAUCUCCCCAAACUGUGAACGCAUCCAAGCCAAAGGCGGCCUGGACGAGGCGCUGCACAACAUCAUCGACACGUGUCGCGAGCAGGGGGUUCCCUUUGUGUUUGGGCUCUCCAGGAAAGCUUUGGGUCGCUGCGUCAACAAGGCGGUGCCAGUCAGCCUGGUGGGCAUCUUCAACUAUGAUGGUGCACAGGACCACUACCACAAGAUGAUCGAGUUGUCGUCUGAGGCCCGGACAGCUUAUGAGGUGAUGGUUUCAAGUCUGGAGCAGAGCGACCAGGCCGAGGCCGAACAGGCAGCGAACAGUGAGGAAGAGCUGCAGAUCAGCAGCAUGGCUGGGGAGGCUGAACCCAGUCCUGAGAGCACACAUCCAGAGGACCCAGGAUACAUAAAAAUUUGGAAGAAGAUGUUGCAGAAGGAGUACAACCACACAUAUUUGAACUUUGAGGAGCAGCUCAGCUCCUUGUGUUUGGACAGUGAAUGUACGGAAAACCCUGAUGAAGAUGUGAAGAGUUGACAGUGGUGAAACCCUCUGUGCCUAAAAAAAGAAAAGAGAACCCACACGUGCUGAUCACCAGCAAAGAAUAAACGAGGAUGGACUUAAUUUCCCAUUCAGAAUAACUGCAGCCCAAGAAACGUCUGCUGCAGCAGAACUCAACCUGGAAAUUUAUAACUUUGCUAAUAUUGGCAAUGAAUCUUUUUUAAUUUUUUCUUAAUGACUAGGGUAAUAUUUUUGUGUUUUGAGUUUAAGACAAAUGGGCAAAUCUGUGUAUAUAAAAGAUGUGUGUUAGGGUGAGGGUGUUUCUAAACUGGAAAUGAACCACUGAGACACUGGGACCAAAGCUAUAUCCCACAAUAUGAAUUAUGUGUGUAGAAUAUGAACAGACUAAGGAAUAAUCAGUGAUCACUUUGUUUUAA